AUGGCUCAGCUCGCUACCUACGCUGCCCUGGCAUUCGCCAUCUUCGCCAGUGCCGCAAAUGCGCAGUCGCCCAACCAGCCGCCGCCGAUUCAAGUCAACGCCCAGAUUGGCAAGGUCCACGUGCCUGUGACCUGCGACUUCCUCAAUGCCUACAACCAGACGUUCGAGGUCGUGGCAUCGGGUGGCCUGGCAGCUUACGGCGUGUCCGGCGGCUCCUACUACGUGACCGACAUUGCUGGCAACAUCACGAUCCCGGCUGAAGUCGUCCGUUUGGCACGUCUGUCUGGCGCCUCGCAGAUCACCACCAACACGAGCAUCUACCUUGCUGCGACCAACGCCGCGCCCGCCCGCCUUCUCAUGUACACUGGGAUCUCUCACCUGCCCGUCCCAGCGAACGGCAGCAUUGAUUCGCGCUUCCCUGUCGGCAAUGGUACUCUGCCGGCCGCUGGACCUUUCGUUAUUGGCACCGGCUCUGACCCGUCGCGUGUCGUCAUUGGCGAUGUCCACGUGUCAAUCACUCUGCAAAAUGCAAAGGGCGACAACAUUGGUGGCGAGUUGGCUACAAACUGCCAACGUCCUCCUGUUGAUAUCAUCCUCGGAGGUGUCAGCAUUCUGGAUAAGCAGGCUGCUCAAGGAGUUCUGGGCUCGGCCAUCAAUUCAGUGCCGAAAAACGGUUACGUGCCCGACUUUGGCGUUGUCCCGCUCAACGACCAGUACGGCUUCUUCCGCUUCCCCUACGGAUGCAACUUCCAGACCUUCGGCAACCAGCAACUCGACUUGACUAUCGGUGGACAGCUUCCAACCGUCCUCAUUCCGGGCGAGAAGUUCAGCCUCACACGAGCACAAUCAUACCUCCGUGUGUCACCGUCCCUGCUGCAAUCAGUCAAGAAGCGUUACCCGACCGUCGCUACCUUCUCCACUGUUGUCAAGUCAUUCGACCUCUUCUUCAGCAAUGCAAGCCCCUCCAAGAUUAACGUAGCCGCCAGUCAACUCAAGUCGCGUGUCAGCGUCGCUGGCGUCAAUGAUAAGAAGUCUCUCGUCAUCCCGAUCCCAGAAUUCAACCGUCUGACUGUCGGCCCCGUGACCGUCGCAAACAAGACCGGCGACGUCAUGAGCUUGUCAGUCGGCAAUGCUACCGCCGCUGUUUCUUUCCUGGAUGCCAACGGCAAGGUGCUGUCCAACGUCGCCGUGACCUGCGCGCCGUAUGCUUUCCUCGAGCUCAUCGGUGUCACGAUCGCCGACCAGCUGCCGCUCAACUACUCUCUGGGUACCGUUCAGCCCAGCACACCCAGCUCUUGA